AAAUUUAUGGUUCCACUGCUGACAUAUAUCCAAGUGCCAGCAGUGCGCUGGAUUACGACAGAGUUACUGCCAGCAAUAAAGUUUGGUGUAUUUUCAAGGUGAUAAGUUGUAGAUAAAAAUAAAACCCGCGGUGAAGUUCUUUUGGGAGUAUCAGUAUUAUUUGGGUCGGUUGAUAUGUAGACACAAAUAUACGCCUCUGAUUGCUUAUUGCAUUAACAGUGAGUUUCGGUUUAUGACACUACGGUCCCGUAGACAAGAGUACCGGGACACCCAACUCAACGGAUAACAGUAGCAUGAUACGGCUGAGGAACACGGAUACCUCCAGGAAGCUUCUUUUGAGGGAAUUUCAUGGGAAGGUAGUGACGAUGGACUUCGCGGACAAAGAGGAGCCUGUACUCGCAGUUCUGGACAGGUCGUGCACACUGCAUGUUUUCACGAUCUUACCAUCGAGCACAAGUGAAGAUUCAUACGUAGCUCAUACACUGCUUGUUCUACAGUCCAGUAACUCUCAACCAGAAACUGAUAGUCAAUCUCUAUGUUGGUGCCCUUGGAAGUCUGGAAGCUCCAUGAAGCUAUCUACUUUAGAUCAAGGAGUUUUGAAACUUGGUCUCCCAACCCAUCCGUCCAUGUUGCUGUCCAUUUCAUGCGGAGGAAAGGUGGAGGUUAUGAACGUAGCAGCCGUGUCCAGCUUGCUCAACUCCCGGUUUUCAUCUCAUUCCACGACGGAAUUUCCGGAGCCUGCCAACAGUUGGAAUCGUGAUCAGUUAUCUCAGGCUAUUGCGGAUAAUUCCGCGGCAGAUUUUAUCUAUGCCAAAACAGGAGACCAUGGAAAUACAGUUACCGCCUUAUCAUUGAGCCGUGAUGGAUCAUGCGCAGCCUCCGCUUGUCUUGAUGGUCAGGUGCGAAUUUUCACCUUACUGCGGGAUAAAGGAUACGGGGAAGAUGGUAAUUUGAGUCCGGUACACACUUUCUCGCCACAUGCUGGGCUUCCACUGCACGGCUUAAUUUUUGUCGAUGAUGACACUAUAGACGGUUUCAAUGGUACUUGGAGACAUUUGAUUACAGGAGCCCAAUACAAUCGCGAACUGCGUCUUUGGUCUUGUUCGGAUUGGUCUUGUUUACAAACCCUGCGAUUUUGCGUUGCCGAGAGGACCAGUCAGGCGAUAUCAGACACUUCCGAAGCACAAUUUAGCUCGUCAGUACCCAGUGCAAGACCUAGUAUUAUCAUGGGACUCGACUGCUCCGGUUCUUUAUUGGUGGCAGCCGAUAUUACACGUCGUGUUCUGUACAUCCUUGCCUUGACCAAACAGUCCACGAGUGAACCAAACGCUGAGGGAGAUUCAUCGGAUUCACAAACAUUGAUGUUUACGUCCAUCAGCGAAUUUUUACUGACCACACCAUGUAUCUUGUUUGCACUAGGCCCUUGCGACAGACGGAAGCUUCCUCUGUCAGAAUGCCCAUCUACUGUGGAUGAAUCGAAUCAGGUUGUGGAUCUCAUCAACCUGGAGAUUCACAGCAUCCAUACUUGGCACUUGCUGAACGGAACUAUAACGUUUGAACUACCGCAUUGGACCAAGCCAGACGCUGAAGCGAACAAUGUACAAACCGUUGAGGACUCCGUCAAGUCUUCGCAAGUGGAUCCCAGUGAACCAGUAUCGGAACCUGUGCGCUUUACCAUUGGUGGUUCCUACGAAACUUUUCAGAACCCGGAUCAGCUUCUGCCCACCUCUGUUGCCGAAGAAACACACUUUCCCGAAACCGUUGGAGAAAUGGGAGAAGAUAUCGUACACCAAGCUCCGGAAGAUGACAAUGAAGACCUUCACCCUCUCCGCCCUUCGGAUUUCUCUUCAGAAUCGCUACCUGCUCCUCCUUCUGCCGAUGGCGGUGAGGAUGAUGACGGCGAUCGUUUGCCUACUGUUGACCUUGAUUUUCCGCUCGACCUAACUCCAAGUACAUUCCACACGCCCAAAUACUUACCUGAGGGCAUGGAAUCUGCUGAGCACAACGAUGAUUCCUCAACUGUUGCCCAAUCCGAGGAUAAAUCUGUGACAAAGACCGCACAUCCAAUCGUCCCUUUUGAAGCCAUCGAGGAUGCCAUGCGCGCAAGCGAGCGCAACCCAAGUGGCAAGGGUUCUCCCAGUCCUGAUGCAUGCCAAUUGGAAGAGCUUCGCAACGAUCUUGACCUGUUGAACAAUUUGCUGUCCCCAGGAAACGACGAAACCACUCUACGAGACGGGGAUGAUGUACAUAAUAAUCCACACGAAGGGCCAUCCUCUGACGUUGAUGUUAACAUUUCUAGUGCGUCUGCUCCAGACUUACAAGAACUCGUCGAUUCAUCUGCCGAUGCAUCUCGGUCGCCUCUCGAGAAUCUUAAAGGAUCCAUUGCUACCCGCCUCCUCAAGGAGGAAGGAGAUAAAUCGCGUGUAGCGCAGCAAGUCGAAGGACCUAUAAACGUCGGACGCCGCGGUUCACUAAGUCUCCAUCCUGAAACCAACUGGUCCACGAUGUCAUUAUACUCCUCGCCGAGUUCUUCAUCUUCUUCGACUGCGGACACCCCCGUAGGUUCGGAUGACGUCAUUCAAGCUCCAGACAGUAAUGAUGUACCUUUGGAUUUGCCCGCGUUUGAUGCAGAUCGUCCAGCGUUGGAUGGUGGUUCAGGACGAAUGGACGGUGUUGUGAAUCUUUUGAGGUUUUUGGUUGCUGAUUCCAACAAACGAUCUCAUCAGAUGGAAGUGGUUCUAGAUAAGCUGAAGCAAACCCAGGACCAACUGGACCGCAUUUCGCAGGCGCAGAUGGAAUUGUCCAAGCGCCUCCAGACGUCAACCACUAAUGGCACGCAACCUCCGGGAUCGGCGCACUAUUAUGCAUCAAAAACGUCCAGUGCAUCAGAUGGGGAAUAUUGCUACCCGAGUAGUCCAAUGAUGCAGACUAACCACUUGACGGCCACGGUGCAGCAGUCGACUGUUCAACAAGCCGGUACAGAUGAGGGCAAACUGCCCGAAUGGACCAAACAAAUUCUCUUGCAAUUACGUACUCAACAGGGUGACUACGCCCGGCGGUUCUCACACCUCGAGAGCAUGAUGAACAAGGUUUCGACAAGCACGAACGAAUUAAAAAAGAACCAAGCCAAACCAGCCAUCCAGCAAUCGUCAACUGAACCUCGUUUGGAUCAGUUGCCCAAAAUGACUUGUGAUUUGCUUAAACCGAUCGUUCGAUCGGAAGUGCAGAACGCUAUCGUUAAUAAUACCCAGAAGCUCAUCGAUCCCCUACAAAAGGCAAUAUUCCGUGCCAUACAAGAGAGUUUAAACGGCCUUCCUUCAACUGUAUCAGAAAGCCUCUCACGUUUGAUGCGCGAUAAGAGCUUCAGCAAUCAGUUCUCUCGCCUUCUAUCCUCUACCCUGUCCGCUGACCUCACUGGGGCGUAUCGUGAUUCUUUGCUACGAGUUUUCAUUCCUGCACUGGAGAAAAAUAUACAGCGACUGUUUCAGGAACUUGAUGUUGUCUUCAGAGCUGGCACACAGCAAUAUUUGAAGGAAGUUCAAAAGCUCUCACAAGCUCAAUCUGACCCGAGCACUUUGGCCAACACAAUCUGUGCUGAACUAGCUCCGGAAUUAAAGAAUGUUCUCAGUUCAACCUUGUCAACGCGCGUCGAUGAGCCUGGCGCCUUCAAAACGGAUCCUAGAACCAUGGGUACCCUUCGAGACAAUGGAUCUCUCCCAGCCUUUGGUACACAGGAUGUGUCUUCGAAACCUACACCAUAUAAGAAUAAAAGUCCCAUUCGUCGUCCUCCACCUACCGAAGAUGAUCAUGCGGUGCUUGCUGCACCUCCUGCGGUUCCUUCAAGAGGUAUUCCUUCAACGAAAUCCCUGUGGACUGUGGAUCGAGGUGCAGGCGAGAACCAAAUUGGUGCACCAGCCGCUCAGGCAUCAGGCUCUUCUGUUGCUCCGAAACCAACAACCACUUUGACGAAAAAGGAAGAGUUCGCGCGCCUUCUAGGCUCUUGUUUCCACCAAUCAGGCGCUUGUUUUGGACGUCUGCAACGACAUCGACCCCGAUCGACUCUUCUGAUCCGGCAAAUACAUUAUAGCACAGAACAUCUUACUCUCCUUAAUUCACCAGCUGAGCUGCGGAGAUUUGGCUGUCCAGUUGGAUUUGAAGUUAAGAUACCUCGAAGAGGCUGUCGGUUGUCUAAACAAACGCGACCCAACUACUACACAACACGGACCAAGAAUAAUAAGUCUUCUAAGCCGCCGUUUAGACACUUUCUUGAACAAUGCCAUGGUCGGAGGAAUAUCCAAGCUGUCUCCUUCAGUCCACAGCCGCAUUGUCAAACUAAAUCAUUUCGCCAUAUCAUUGUUCGAAACUAAACCCGCUUAUAAAUGACUUGAACUGAUUUUAUAGGCGUCCGUCCAUCGUUAUCUGUGCCCAUUUUUAUCCUUGCCAUCAAUUUUGACUAUAUCAUUUGCAUAUUUGCCUCGUGUUUUUUCAAUCGGCGAAAAAUUCCCAGGAGAGGUGACGAACUCAAGUUCUUCCCAUGCGUUUUCUCAGGGCCACUCUGUUCUUGCAUUGUUACAUUUCAAC